AAAGGGCCACACCAACGGUCACAGAUUGGGCUCUCGCAGUCUCUCGUUCUCCCUCCCUCCUCUCGCCAACGCAGACACGCACGCCGUCCCCAAGUUUCCCCAGCCAAAUCCUCCACCUCGCUCGCUCGCUCGCCUCGCUUUCCCAUCCCUUCCCUUCCCUCCACGGUCCACGCCACCAGUCGAGUCCACCGCUCCAUUCCUCCGCCCCCCGCCUGCCCUACUUCUUCUCCCUUCCGCCAAGAGCAGCCAGGCGUCAGGGGCGCGGCUGCUCUCUGCGGAACGCGCGUCAUGGGCGCCGCCGAGAACCCCGCGCCGCCGCGGCAGGAGGCUGCGCCAGGCAGAGGAGCGGCACCGGCACCGGCUCCGGCACCGGAGGCGGUGGAGAAGGUGGUCGUCGUGGACCAGGCGCCGCCCCCGCAAGCGGCGGCGAGGCUGCAGGCGCAGCGGGCUCUGGCGCCGCUGCAGGUCACCACGCAGGCGCCGCCGCCGCCCAUGUCGGUGGCCUCCGGCGCCGUCGAGCCGCCGCCGCAGGUGGCGGCGUACCAGCCUGUCAUGCAGCCUCCGCAGCAGGGGCCGCUUCCAUCGCUCAACUCACGCAAGUACACCAAUGGCAUCACGCUGUGCCUCUUCCUGCUCCACCUCGCCGCCGCGGCAUUCGCCAUGGGGUUCUUUGUGUUCAAGACCGCCCAGGAGAUCAGCCAGCACCCACGGUCACACAACGCGCGGCGCGAGCGCAGCCUGCUGCGUGACUGGCUGCUUCCCGUGGAGGGCACGGUGGUGCUCAGCAUCGUCCUGGCCUUCGCGUGGCAGAAGGCUGUGCGCGCGUGGCCGCGCGUCAUGGUGCGCGCCAUCCUCUGGUCCAGCUUUGGCGUGACCCUGGCCGUGGGCGCGCUGCUCAUGUGCUUCUCCAUGCUGGCCACCGUCGGGCUGGGCGUCGCAAUGGUGGUGUUCUCCAUCGGGACCGGGCUGUACGCUUGCUGGGUGACACGGCGCAUGGGCUUCACGGCACGGGUGUUCGAGCGCGCGGUGGAGCCGGUGGAAAAGUUCCGCGGGCUGAACGGGCCCGCGUACCUGAUGGUGGCAGCGGGGUUCGCGUGGAUCUCCGUGUGGUGCGUGGCGGUGAUCGGCGCGGUGAACUUCCGCUUCCCCGGGCUCACCAUCUUUGGGCUGGUGGUGAGCCUGGCGUGGACCGCGGAGGUGAUGCGGAACGUGGCGAACCUGACGGCGAGCCGGGUGAUCGCGCUCUACUACCUGCGCGGCAUGCAGUCGAGCGUGAAGUUCAGCUUCCAGCGCGCGCUGUCGUACAACCUCGGCAGCGCCUGCCUGGGGUCGCUGUUCGUGCCCACCAUCGAGGCGCUCCGCAUCCUGGCGCGCGGGCUCAACCUCCUGGAGGGCGAGGAUGAGUUCAUGUUCUCCUGCGCGCACUGCUGCCUCCACGUCAUGAACGGCAUCUUCAGCUUCGGCAACAGCUGGGCCUUCGUCCAUAUCGCGGCGUACGGGCGCGGGUUCGUGCAGGCGUCGCGGAGCACGUGGGGCCAGUUCGAGGCGCUUCCGGGGAUGGCGGCGCUGGUGGACUCGGACAUCACCAGCUCGGUGUGCUUCCUGACGGGGGUGACGAGCGGCGCGCUGUGCGUGGCGCUGGCGGGGUCGUGGGCGUUCGCGACGCACCGGCACUACACGGCCACCGUGUCGCUGCUGGCCUUCUACGUCGGGUACCUGAUGACCCGCAUCGGCAUGGCGCUGCCGCAGGCGUGCGUCGGCUGCUACUACGUCUGCUACGCCGAGAACCCCACGUCGCGGCUCUUCGACGGCACCAUACCCGACCGGCUGAACAAGAUGCAGGAAGACCGCGACCCGCUCGUGCCCACGCCGCGGUUCCCGCACCAGCACGGCGGCGGCGCGUGAGUGAGACGACGGAGCUGGAGCUGGAGCUUCCGCCCGGCGCGGCGGUUCUUUUUCCUCGGUGUGCCGCCCCUCGUCGGUGUGGAGUGGGCCUGAUUGCACUGCUCGAGCUGAUCCGGGUGAGGCGGCGGCUCGUACGGCUGGAUAAUUGGGAUUCUUCUGGAGAUCGAAUUUUCUUUUUUUCUAGUUUUGUAAAUUUAUUUAUCCAUUUUUUUAGGCUGUAGAAAUGGUGAAUCCCCGAUAUUAUGGUUAUGUAGUAGAGAGAUAGCAGUACUAUUUUCUUGCAUAGGAGUUAAUUAGUGUGAAACUGUGAAUAUUUUAACUGCGGAAUCAGAAUCACUGGGUUUGAGAGACCA